AUGGAGAAAAGGGAGUGUAGUUGUAUAAAGUGGGAGCUUACUGGAAUUCCUUGCAAGCAUACAAUUGCAAGCCUAAAUGAAAUGGCAGACAAUAAUGAAAAGGUGGGAGAACUAUACACCUUGGUGCAUAAGGUGUAUUGGCUUGAUACAUGGAAAGAGAUGUACUCCUUCAAGGUGGAGCCUAUCAAAGGUAGAGCCAUGUGGCCUAAGAGUGACUGCCCAACAACUCUUGUGCCUCCACCACACAACAAAGCUAUAGGCAGGCCAAAAAAGAAAAGGAUGAUUACAGGAGAGGAAAGGAUUGAAAUCCAGCAACGUAAGAGGCAAGCAAACAGUCAAAGUCAAAAUGAUAAUGAAACUCAAUCACUGAGCAGGAAGUUUUUGACUGUGACAUGUAGUAAGUAUAAGCAAAAGGGUCACAAUGCCAGGACCUGCAAGGCCAAAGAUGGGAAUUGA